AUGCAACAAGUGCCAUCUAACCAGCGCAGCAUCCUCAAUUUCAUGAGGCGUGCUGAAGAAGCCGGUUAUAUUACAGCCGGAAAAUACUCUUCUCCAAUCGAAGCUGUAGCGGAAGACGCUAGCGACUCGAAGAAGGCUAAACGUAUCAAGCAAGAGCCCGUCAAGCAUGCAGACAAUGAUUUAUCCGUGAAGAUCGACGAAGAGCCUAAAUAUACCCUCCACGAUAUCCCCGAAAUGAAAGUCCCCUUUAACCCGGAAGAAUGUGUCGGCGUUACCCUUAGGGGCAAGUCGCUAGAAGAUCUAAUCAAAUACAACGAAAUGGAACUAUAG